GCCUACAAGUACAACUAGUUUUUGUCUCUAUUGCUCUCUCUUUCUCUUUCUCAAACUCUCUCUAUAUAUAUAGAGAGAAAGGUAGAGGGUGAUAUGGGGUGAGUCCAAUAUUAUGUGUUAAAAUUCUUGCUUCUUUGAGUUGAGAGUAAACAACUUUUGAUCAUCAUCAUCAUCUUCAUCAUGGGGAAAGGAAGAUCACCAUGUUGUGAUAAGAGUCAAGUUAAGAGAGGUCCUUGGAGUCCUGCAGAGGACUUGAGACUCAUCACUUUUAUUCAGAAACAUGGCCAUGAUAAUUGGAGGGCUCUCCCUAAACAAGCUGGACUGUUGCGUUGCGGUAAAAGUUGCCGUCUGCGAUGGAUUAAUUACCUCAGACCUGAUGUGAAGAGAGGGAACUUUUCUGAAGAGGAAGAGGAGACUAUAAUGAAGUUACAUCAAACUCUGGGGAACAAGUGGUCAAAAAUUGCAUCUUAUAUGCCAGGAAGAACAGAUAAUGAGAUUAAGAAUGUGUGGAACACUCAUUUGAAGAAAAAAUUGGCUGUUAAAGAUGCUAAUACAGAUCAGGAAUCCAAGGAAUCCUCAUUGACUUCAUGUUCCUCUUCUUCAUCUAGCACGUUUAAGUCACCUGGCAAAAGGAGUGCAGAUAGUAACCUUGAUAAGCAUCAAUGGGACGAGGGUCACGCGCCCAAAAGGCCUCGCGAAGCAGGUGAUAACAUGGCAGCAGUGGAGAAAGUAUUGGAAAAUUUAGAAACAGAAGAAUUAACACAAAACAGCUCCACCAAGGAGAUGCAAAAACAAGUACCAACUUCUUCUUGUUCUUCCCAUAACUCCAGUUUCUCAAAUUCUAGCCAAGUGGAUGCUGCAAGGCCUAAUGACAAUGACAUGACAGAUUCAUUACUCUUCGAGUUCAGUGAACCGUCUGAGUUUAAUAUAAACACAUUAGAAGAGGUGAAUAAACCAGACAUUCCGAAUAGUGUGCUUGAAAUUCCACUGGAGUCAGAUUUAGAUUUUUGGAACAUGUUAGAUGGCUUAGAGCCAUUCCAAUCUAAUGAAGAACCUCAAUUAGUACAUGAAGUGGAGGCAAGCCAAAGCUCAAGCACCCGAGAUGCACAUAACAACAAUGAAGUCGAUAGCAGGGAAUGGUUUCGUUACUUAGAAUCCGAACUUGGUUUGGAGACUACAGAAGAUCAAAACCAAGAAAAUUCAGCAAAGAAUGAAGCUGAAACUCAACCACUAAUCCGAGAAACUUAUGAGACACUGCUGAAACCAGAAGUUGACCCCGGCAUAAGUUACUUUCAACUAUGGAUUUCAUCACCACACAGUUCAGUUUUCUGAAUAAAUUUUUUUACAGUGUUACAAGUCAGUCGUUCUUGGAUCAGAUCAGCUUGUUAAAAUUGACCAGUUUCAUAUAUACAUUAGAAAGUGUUUUUUUC